UGCUACCUACUGAAAAUCCUUCGCUGUAUUAAGCUUGUUACACGAGGGGUGGUUCUACCUGACUGACUACUACCUGAAGACGACACACGCGGCAGAUAAAAGGAUCCCGGUCCGAUCAGAGAUACGUUCUCUCUCCUUAGUCUCCUUAUUACUCUCUCAGCUUCAAAUGCUCGGAUUUGCGUCGUUACAGUUGUGAGUUACGUGAUUGGAUAGAUAACGCGACAUAUGCCAAUCGCGAACAGGCGGGACGUUUAAUGAAGCGCGCUCGGAGUCCCAUCGUGAUGAGAAUGACAGCGAUCUUAGGUGACAGAGACGGAACGACGUGCGGCUUGUGUAUAAUCGGUCGCGGGACGAUCGUAAUGCAUUCGGUCGCGCAGUGAGUUAGCUCGCUCAAAGAUCGACGAUUGCCAAGUGUCUGGUGCUGAUCUUUUUUUAAGAACCACGCACGCGCUGGUUCUAACGUUGCCUUAGCUUUAAUAACGAGCGCACUCCGAACUUUUGCGACUGGAAUGAUGCAUCCUUUCUAAAUCGCGUUGUGUCAUUUUGUUUUUGUUAUAUACUCGUCUUCCACAUCAUCGCUGGAUUGGACAUUAUCAUCUGUGCUAACCGAUCUACACCAUCUCGCACGUGGCUCGCCUGCCGUCCCAUCGAUCAUCCCAUUCGCUGUCGUCAACAUCGUCUUCGUCUUCGUCGUCAUCGCCGCGUGUGGAUCCUUUUGUCGGCGGAUUUGCCACGCACUUGAUCGCGCUCCCUUCUCGCUUCUCCGUCCCGCGUUUACCCCUCCACCUGUCUGCUGCGGCGCUACACACCCUCUCCCCCGCCGUCAACCCCUCGUCGAGGACUACGCGCACGAUUUAUCCCUAUCCCCACCCGCCACCUCCUGCUCCUCGCGCCUCCACUACCUUCUUGUGUGUGCACGCGCUUCCUUUAUUUACUCCGUGAAUUCACGGACCAACACGACCGGCUCGGUCACGAUGAGCGCACCGUUUCUCGCUCCGCGGUGAAUAUCCUCGGUGUUGACGCACGUUCUAUCGCGUUUUCCAUCGAACCUGUCCGCGGUAUACGCUGUGUUUCGCUGUGUUUUGAACAUUGGAAAAAUUAUUAAUUUAUAUACGGCAAUUGUUACUCGACUUACGAUGACCUUGCGAUUAUCGGGUGAACGUUGAUCGGUCUAAACUUGUGCAUCGCGCGAAUUUCGGCGGGAUUAUCGUUGAACGGCGGUCACGAGACCGUCGUUGUACGUGCCGAUUGACACCGACAUCGGCAUAAAUAUUGUUGUAACACCGGCAAUAAAUCGUCAUCAUCUGCACCAUCGCCGAUCACGUGGCUUGCUCGACGGCGACGCUGUACGAUAAUGUUCACGCCGCGCCGCUAUGUGGCUCCGGCGUGGGUCACCCUGGCUCCGUCACAUCGAUGGGAACAGCAACCGGAGCGGGGAAUUCCACCGGGGUGACCUGGUGGGCCAUGAUGAACGGUUCCCUCUACGAGGACAGCCCGCCGCCAGUUCCACCGACAGCCUCGACCCUCGUAUCGAUUCAACAGCAGACAACCACGACACCGGGCUCCCAUCAACAAGCGACAACGCCGACUUCACCUGGUGCACCGGCAUCAUCGGCAACGACAGCGCCACCGGCGCCCACAGCGAGCGCCAGUUCAACCUCGCCGAGCGCUUCCUCGGUAGCGAGCAACAGCGCGGCCGGACCGCUUCAUAUACCCGCCAAGAGAUUAACGGCGACACCGGGGGGCGGUGGUUCCACUUACGGUGAGGUUGCCUGCGUAGAGUCGUCGGGCGCGCCGGGCGGUGCGGGGGCGGCGGGCGUGAUACGGCACUCACACUCGUCCUCGGCGGGUUCUCAAGGCGGCUGGAGUUACAGCCCGCACCAUCCUCAGGACUCCCACUACUCGUCCACGACGGGCGGCGGCGAAUCGUUGAACCAUCAUCAGGCCUACGGGGGUAACAAUCCCCCCACGUAUUACAACCUGGCGGCCGAUCCCACCUCGACUUCCGGUUCCUCCAGGGACAACCGGAAGGCCGGGGCCACUCUUAGCUUCUGGUCACCCGCCACUGCCGGAUCGGCCGGCACCGCUGGCUCUACCUCGGAUUACAAGUCCUACAACUCGGCCGGCGCGGCAACAACAACGUCGUCCACCGGCGGUGGUGGGUCUACCUCCGGCGCCGCUGAUCCGGCCGUCUCCUCUUGCCAUCAGAGCUUCUCUCAGAGCUGGUGCAAUUACGCGCCCUAUACGACGGCGAGGCAUCAUCAUCCGGUGGACACGGCUGGACAUCAUCAUCCUCAUUCGCAGGCGGGGGUACCGUAUUUGGCGCCAUCCGCGGCUGACGACCGCGGUAGGGUCGCUGCCGCUAUGGUCGCCGCGGAAGGUGCCUUUCCCCACGAUGGAUACGGCGGUCUGAGAAACUAUGGAGCACCAGAACCCGUUACUUCGAGUCCCUAUCCACCUCCAGUGAUGUGGGGUUCCUCCCCAUCUUCCUUGUUUCCCGCAGGUUCGCUUGCGGGUGUGGGAGUCGGGGUUGGCGUAGCCGGGAUGGGCGUUGGAUGCGGCAGCUCUAAUCCCCUGGAGUGGACGGGCCAGGUGACGGUGCGGAAGAAACGCAAGCCUUACUCCAAAUUCCAAACUCUCGAGCUGGAGAAGGAGUUCCUCUUCAACGCUUACGUGUCGAAGCAGAAGCGGUGGGAGCUCGCGCGCAAUCUGAAUCUCACCGAGCGUCAAGUGAAGAUCUGGUUUCAAAAUCGCCGAAUGAAGAACAAGAAGAACAGUCAACGGCAAACCCAGCAGCAGAAUAACAACAACAACAACAACAGCAGCAGCGCCAACAACGCGAACCACCACGCGGCGACCGGCAGUCACCACCAUCCGAGCACCGCGCACGCACCACCCUCGAGUCACCACGUGGUCGCGCAGGCGCAUCACGCGAACGGCUCCACGAAGCAUCAUCAGUGACCCGUGGCCUUCUCUGGGGUCGUCUUCGGGCACCAUCAUCACAGCCACACCUCGUCCAGCAGCAGUGGCAGCCACGGGGGCAG